AUAAUGAACUGAAGCUGAGUAAUAGUAACUUUGGAGACCCGUGGAUUUGAUAUUUAUUACUUGUGUCACUAUACUGCAGUCCCUUUCAUUGGUUACACUUGGCCAUUGUUAGGUGUUGUGUUUUAGCGUGUCAAGUUUUUGGCGCCGUUGCCGGGGACUUUCUAGAGUAUUAGGAAAGGCAGAAGUUUGUUACUUUAGCGUUUUACUUUUCUUUUCCACCCUUGCUUUUCACUUUGAUAUUUUUGUUUUUGUUGGUGCAGAUCUGAAUCAUGGAUCCUCAUGGCUUCUCCAAUCAUUGGGGGUAUCCACCACCAUCCGAGUGGUAUUACCCCGAGACUCCCUGGAGCAAUCAAGGAGGAGAAGACUAUGGAUUUGGGUUCCAGUACCAACCCCCUUACUACGGAGAACAAUCAGACCCUUGGGCAUAUCAAGAACAACCUCCUUAUCGAGAAGAAUUUCUCCCACAACCAGAGGGCCCAUUGGAGCUGGAGUUACCCAUGGCGACCUUCACGGGCCAUUCUGCAGAGCCAUGCUACACUCCACAGCCAGAUCCAAACUAUGAAUUGAGUCUUCUCAUGGAGCAGUUUGCUCGAGACUGUGAUAGAACAUGCUCCAGGAUGGAUCAUUGUGUCCAGGCCUAUCGUGAAACUGAGGAGAUCCUCCUGAGCCUUAAGAAGAGCGUCGAUGAUCUUGAGCGAUCUUUCGCACAACCUGCUCCAGAUCACCCUUCUGCUACCAUACAAGAAGAGGAGGAGGAAGAAGAAGGCUACAAGGACAUAGUGGAGCAUACUGAAGUUGUCACGGAGAGCUCCCGUGAUGAUCAUGAUCAGGAAUGUCAUAUCAUAGCCGACCACACCUUCCCACAUCCUAAACUGAGCUUUGAAGAGGCGGGCAUGAGUGAGGAGAUGCAAGAAGAUCUCAUGAAAGAAAUUGCUUGGCAACUUGCUCUCCAAUCCGUGCUAGAAGAAGAAGAGCAAGAAAGGGUGCAGAAAGAAGUUGUGGAGGAUGAUGAAAGUGAAGCAGGAGGAGUUCUUGAUCAUUUCCCAGGGGUGAUACCACAUGAACAAGGAAGGGAGGUUGAAGAAUCAAUUGGCGUCCAGGCUGAGGACGAAGUUGAGGUGGAAGAGGCUUGCACCGGCCAUGAGUUACAUUUGAUAUCUCCAUCAAACUUCGAGGAACUACUUAGCAAGGAUCCAUUUGCAGUGUCUCUUUGCCAUACCAAGGUCACGUCGACAUCGGUCCCUCUUGGUGGACGCGAUGGUGGUCAAUCGAUGCUGUCAUAUCUGGUUUGGGGCAAUGAGACGAGAGAAGAGAAGAAGAGGUCUCGAGGGUGGAGACUUCAUCCGCAUCAAGUACACGAGCUUCCAUCACCUGUCAUACCACAUGCUCGUGACUUGAGACUCCACCUCAUUGACGAGAACCUCAACUUCAAGGAGGUUUUGGGGUGGACCGAAACUUAGGAGCCAUCGUCCGGCUCACGACGUGAAAGAAGCGCUUGUUGGGAGGCAACCCAACCAGUCGGUUUGCAUUUCUUUCUCUUUUUCUCCUCGGUUGAGUCAGUUUUGUUAUUUGAUUUUAGAGUCAAUAACUCAACCUUUGUGAGAUUUUGUGUGGUGUUUGUGGUCUGACCACUCUCUCCUCCUAGAAUACACCGCCUGCCCCGUCCACCAUCAUUCACCCUGGAUCUGGUAACUUUGUUCUACCCACCUUAUCUUUCCUCCAUUGAGGACAAUGUCGUGCUUAAGUGUGGGGGGAUGUUCGAUUAUGUAUGCGGGUGAAUGUUUGGCUGUUUGUGUGCUUGGAGCCUAGUCCACUGUCCAAAUUUUUAAAUUCGAGGGCUCCAAGUACGUGUUUCCUUGCAAAUUGCCUGCUCAGUAUGCUUUGAAUUGACAGUCUCUAUAGUAAUGUGCAACCUAGGGAGGUAGUGUAGCACUAUGGAGGAUGUUGAAGUAUAAGAUUUUUCCUAUCUAGCUCUCUGCUGUGCCAGUUGAUUUUGUGAAUUAGUGGAGCUAGGACCGUUCAAUUCAUGUGGUAAUGGUGACUCUAUGUGGAUUGUGUGAUGGACUUGUGUAUCGAACAGGGUGCUCAUGUGAAAAAUGAAAAGCAGUUGGUCCUCCAUGUCAAAAUCAUAAAAUCUUAAACAUGGG